GACAAUAAUAUGGAUGUCGGCUGCUGGUUAUUGAAAACGACUUCUGCUAAUUUAUUAAAAAAUUGUGUGAAUCCUGUCUGGGGACUGCUUUAUACUGAUGGAGCAUCAAUAUUUCUUCUGCCGAUAUCAUCUGUUGAUGAUCAGAGUUAUUUACUUCCGAAGGUUUUGAAGCUUGAAAAUGUUGGAUUGAUUCAUGAUAUAAGCUGUAGCUCUUGUUACUUGGAUCGUUAUUAUGUUGCUGUACUUACAUCAUCAGAGGCUGGUUUAAAGAUCUCGGUUUAUGAAGCUAUUGAAUCGGAAACUAAUGGUUUAUUUUGUAAUGGAAAUGAAGCCUACAUAUGUGGAAAUCCUCUACCACAAGGUCAAGGUCUUGCUUGGCAUCCUCUCAGCAAUGUACUCUGCACAAUAUGCCAAAAUGAAGCAUUUAUAUUUAAUAAUGAUACGAAAAAGGGUGCGUUGGAAAAAAUAAAAAGUUUUUCUGGAACUGAAAGGUUUACUUCAUGUUGUUGGAAUUAUUCAGGUUCUUUGCUAAUAUUUGCCACUAAUUCUAAACUUCUGUUUUAUAACUUUACCUAUGACCCAACAGAUCCUUGUGAACCUGUUUUUUCUUUUGUGAUUGGCAGAGUUUGUAGUUUAGAAACUGUAGAUCAAACUCGCCUGCUUUGUGCCAUAGAACUGCCUUUGAGUGAUGUAAUGCGCCACCAAGUUGAAAAUAUAAGUCAUGACGCAUCAGCUCCUUCCAGUUUAGAACAUGUUACAAAUAAUUCAGCUACUUCUAAUUCUAUUGUGGCUACUUCUCAGUUGUUGCUUAUUGGUUAUAAUGCUAUUGAUGGAAAGCCAUAUAUAAUGGCCAAGAUCGAUAUUGAAGAAAUUUUAACUCCAAAUAUCAUGGUGUAUGAGAGCACAAAUGGCCUCUGUAUUGUUGCCAGUAGCUGUAGCUCUCGGAUUCAAUUUUUCUCUGUUGAAAAGAUACCAAUCACAAAAAUUGCUGAAAUGGUUUUAGAAAAAGGAAAGGUACCUAAAGGUAUUACAAUCAGUACCUUCAACCGUACAAAACUGUUAUGGUUGCUCAGUGGACAGUCCUGUGAAGAUUGCACUGCCUCCCUUGCUAUACCAGAUGAUGGAUAUAUUAGCUGCAACAUGACAUUUAGAGUUAUUGCACUGAAGUCACUUUUAGGUCCAGAGAAAAGAUUUAUAGUGCAAGAAAAAGAUUUCGCAAGUUGUUUCGACAGCCGGAGAAAUACUCUCAAGAAUCGAUUUUGUUCUGAAAGUCGUAUCAAGCUCCCUGAAAGAGUGAUGGUGCCUGAAAGCGUUCCUAUAAAAGCAGAAACUUCUCCAAAAAUUAUUUCAUCUAAAGCUAGCAAAUCCUCCAAUACUGAUGGUGUGACCAUCGAGCCUGUACCUAAAAAAGAAUUUUGUGAAAAAGCUGUAGAAGCAAAUUUAGAUAAAUUAGAAUCAUGUAAUGAAUUAGAAAAUGACGACAAAAGUGUCCUUAGCUACUAUUCUGCCGAAGAAAUUGUGAUGCCAAAAAAGGUGGUUGAGGUAAAUUCAUCAAGCAAUGAAGAUUAUUACAGUAUUGGUCAGUAUUCUUCAAUGAGAAGUGGAAGCACAUUACGGGCUAAUGCGGAAAGGAAAAUAUUCGACAUUGAGAGAUGCGUUUUAGACAUGUUUGAGAAGCACACGUUUGAGCUCAAUGAUAUAAAAGCUGAACUUAAAGAAUUGAAAAAAGUUGUUUCAGGGAUUUCUGCUAUGCAUUAUGGUACAUUGAGUUGCGCAAAUAGUCCUUCAAAUGCACAACUUAUAUGCCAUAUACAAGAAUUACAACACAGUGUUCAUGUUGUAGAAAAUAAAUUGGACAGCAUGACCAUGGAUAUCAAUUCCAGAAUGAAACAUCAAGAUCGAAAAUUAAGUGAAAUAAGAAAAGAAUUGAAUAUUCUGAUAUCUAAAAACUCUUAAGAGAUCAGAUUCUAUCUAGUCCUGAAUAUUUAAGCUCAAAACAUGUAAAUAAACUACUAAUCAGCACCAUAUCUCUUUCAUCAUUUAUGGAAAGAAAUAAAGAAAAGUAGAAUAUUUUACUAUAUAGAACUUUAUUCAGUAUUUUUAUUAUCAAAAUUAUUCAAAAGAUUUAUGAAAUGUAAAACAAGUUGCUUAAAUCCAUCCCAAAAGGCUAACGGCAAAGUGUCCAGUAGUGAAAAGAAGUGUCAGCAUUCCAAAAUGCAUAAACAUUCCCCUAUAGCGUUUCUCAGGAUCUAAAAAAUAGAAUAAUUUGUCACAUAACAAAUAUUUUAUAAUUUAUUAUGAAUGAAGUAAUCAAAAAUGUAGGAAAUUUAGCGUAGAAAUACUUGAUAAAACGUUUUCUGAGUGCUAAAUUGUGCCAAAUCAGAGUAUAAUAUUAAAAAUUACAUUUAUAGGCAUUAAUCAGAAAACUAUUUACAUUUGAGGAAUUGUGAAAUAAAUCAUACCUCCAGUUGAAUAACCUUUUGCAUAUGCUAUUCUUCCUAGAAGGUAAACAACUCCAGCACAAGCACUUAAUUUCUAUAAAAAUGCAAGCAUAAAAACACAUUUAUUAGCAUUUCAACGUUAGAUACAGUAUUCUUCAUUACAGAUUGAUGGAAAAUGAGAAUUUUUACUUACUGGAUAGGACAAACCACCACAGAGUAGUGUAAACAAAAAUUGUGGAUAGUUUUCCAGACUGAAAUUAGAAAUUUAGUUAAUUUUUCAUUAGAAUAUUUGAAUGGUAUAAAAGUUGGAAAUACUUACAAAUUUCCAUGUGCUCGUUGUAAACAGUUGAAAACAUUGUUAGUAUCACUGUACAUUAUAGGGUACUGGAAGAAAAACAAAAAUCAAAAUUUAUGAUUGAACUCUUUUUUUUCUUCUCAUGAAAUUUGAUCAGUUAAUUGAUUUAACUUCCUAAAAAUUGUUCAAAAAGUUGACUGCCUCAUAUUCAGUGAUUGUUUUCUAGUCAUAGAAAUUAUAAUGUUGAUAAAUAAAUAUAUAUAUACAUAUAUAUAUAUAUAUAUAUAUAAUGUAGAUACUUUGAAACCAUAAUAUAUUUUUCAAAUUUCAAAUUAGAGUAUCUAUCCAUUCCUUGUUAUGAAAAUAUAUAUGUCUAAUUUAUUGUUGUUUUAACUGUUUUGGCAGAAAUAUGUAAGGUCUUCAUGGAAAAUACUUUUGUAUUAUUACCAUUAUA